AUGGGAGAAUUCCUUACGUUCUCUCAGCAGCUUACAGCAAGCGACAAUCAAAGAGCUGUGAUUGCACGAGCAAUUGCUGGAUAUCAAGCUAAAACGUGCAUAAGAUUUGUACCGAAAUCCCAAAAUGACCGUGAUUAUGUUGUGAUAUCUAAGCUUGACGGAUGUUAUGCGGAUUUUGCACGUGUUGGUGGUAGACAGCAGAUAUCAUUGGCGGAUGAAUGUAUGGACUAUGCCACUAUCAUACACGAAUUUAUGCAUGUUGUCGGUUUGUUGUCUUUUUCAGCCAUACGACUAUUGGAUUGCUCUUCGAAAAAAUCGAUGUAG